AUGCCCGAAAAAGCUCUAGUCAUCGCUUCUACGAAGCAUGAGAACACAUCUUGGUUUUAUGAUGAGCUCUCGGAAUGGCGCAAAUAUGUCUAUGUAGUAGACGAACCGACAGCUGAUCUCACUGUCACGCGCAACAAAGGUCGAGAAUCAAUGGUAUACCUUUCAUUCAUCAUCGACAAUUACCGCAAGUUGCCGGCAAACAUUCUCUUCCUGCAUGCACAGAGAUACCAAUGGCACAAUGACGAUCCUGACUAUGACGGCCUAUCGAUAUUGCGACAAUUCCGCAUUCCCUACCUGCGAGAGAAAGGGUAUCUCAACUUACGAUGCGUAUGGGUUUUGGGCUGUCCGACUGAGAUUCGCCCGCUCAAAGAUGCGGGAGAUCUAGUUCAAACUCAGGCUCAUGCAGGGCACUUUUACAAGCAAGCUUUUGAAGAGCUCUUCCCAGUCGCGCAGUUCCAGAAGCGGUUGGUGUGUCCUGUUGUGCGCAAUUUGCUGCUACGAAAGAAAAGAUACUGGAACAACCGGUUGAGUACUAUGAGGGGAUCCGAAAUUGGUUGUUGA